GAGGGGAGGGGAGGAGAGGAGAAGAGAGGAGAGGAGAGGAAGGAGAUUCAAACUGAAUCAUGGGGAGCGAGGAAGAGGGGAGGAGGGGGAGCAGCAGUGGACGGGGCCGGUGGAUGGAAGAAGAAUGAGCAGUGGGGCCGCCGAUGUCUGAGCACAGGAGGGGGAUGAUGAUGGGCCCGGAGGACGAAGAGCAGCAGCAGGAGGAGGAGGAGGAGGAGGAGGAGGCGAGGAGGAGAAGAGGGCAGGAGUUAGAGAGCUCCAGCUUCCGCCACCCUUUGUUUGCACCCUUGCCAGGCCAGUCCAUCCCCUUCCCGUUGAUGCAAGCGAGCGCAGAGAGCUGGCGCCGGGUUUAUGUUGGACAUGUUGUAAGAGUGUCUCGCACACCAUUUUUCUGGACGGUGCGGAGGGAGAGGGCGAGAGGAGUGAGAGGAGGGAGGGAGGCAGAGGGCGGUGUGUCUUAGAACUGACUGCUGCUAGUUGUGCUUGUGCUGGUGCUUGUUUGCGUGUCUCUCUAGCGUCCGUGGGAUCUGGACCAGGCUUGGGCUCGGUGGGGGUGUCUCCUUGUGUGCCCAUGUGCUAGGUGCCUUAGACGAUGUUCUGAUCAUGGGUGCUUGUAGGUUGAGCCAUACCGCACCGUUGUGGUAGCGAGGGUGUUGGAUCGUGCGAGGAAUUCGGGGGCUCCUCUCGGUGACAGUGGUGAGCCAGUGGAGUUGAUUCGGGAGGAAUUGUAUCGGUCCGUGGUAAUUCAGGGUGUAGCUUCGUGGGAAACGAAGGAUUUGGAUCGUUAACAGUUGCUUUUGAUGGCCAAAAAGAGGAAAUCCGAGAAUGCGGGGCUAGAUGAAGUGGAAAGAACGCUGUACACCACUUUCUGCACGGCCGCCAAUUCUAUCUCCCAACUCUACACACAAGCGCAGCACCAGCAGAAGCUUGCGUUCCAAGCCGGAGAGCGGCACACCGUGGAAAAACUGUACCAAUGGCUCCAUAGAGAGCAUCACGCAGGCUCCAACAUUUCUACGGCCGAAAUUUUGAAUUAUUUACAGAACGAACUGGAUGGAGAGGAAAUGACGAUGUCACCCGGACCCCAGUUUCAAAACCAGUUCACACCACAGCAACAACAGCAUCAACACCAACAACAUUUACAUCAACAGCAACAGCAGCAACAACAACAACAAACGCAACAGCCACAACAGCUUCUUAUGUCUAAUCAGCAGCAGGCUCCGGCUACUGCUGUUGGAUACUCCGGCCUUGGCCAUCUGGGAAGGAUGGGAUCGACUGUAGAUCAGAGCAAGAUAUCUGUAUUUACCGGUGCCCUCUCGAGCCCGAAUCGGAGGUGUCUUCCUCCGUUUGGCAUCAAUCAAGGCGGAUUUGUUUCUGCGAAUAAUGCUCCGGCCACUCAAGCUAGAAGGCCCAACAAUGGAAUGGAGCAGCAUAAUGAAGCAGCGUCGGAAGAGCAAGAGUCCAGUCCCACCCAGACUCAGCCAUACAAUGCCUCGUCCGACCAACUUCACAAUCAAUCAGUUAGUAGUUCUAUCUAUGAAUACAAUCAGGCUCCUGCUGGCCAACAGAGAGAAUCCCACUCCUUUGGGGAGAACGAUUCUAGCAUGGACAUGCAUGCCGAUGGUAUUUAUCAAGAUGAGUUUUACCAAUAAGAAGUAAGUCCCUCGAAGACCAAUACUUUUCCAGAUCUUCAUCAUGGAGGGAGGUUUGCUCCGAUACCAGGCAUGUCAACGCUGCCCAGGGGGAUUGAGGACUACAGAUCAUUCGACUUAUGUCAGGGUCCACGAAGCUGUCUAACAGCCUGCCCCUGCAUCACCCGCGAGCAUUCCGCAGGGUGAUGGAGCACCCAUGUUGGCCUGAGUCUGGAAGCUGGGUGUUCAGCUGCGUGUGUGUAGGAGCCCACCACAGCUUCGAUGUUGUGGGUUAUCGCGGCCCUAUAUGGUAAGAGGUGUGAAACAGGAAUUUCAAUGAUUUUUGUGAGCGGCUGUGAAACGUCACAGAAAUGUAGUAGUAGUUGGCACUCCCGGAUUUUCGAAGGUAUCUCUUGGAAAGAACCGUGGGAACCUGUAUGCCGGGGUCAGGUCUUUGUUACCAUGGCCGAAAGGCUACCAUGACGGGGCGUCUGGUACAAUAAUUUAGUCAAGCUUCGAAGGAAGGUAAAUGCCUAGGAUGUGAUUACUCGCCCCGAUGAAGGCUUUGUAAUAAAUAGGUAAGAUUUCUCCCUACGUGCCUCAGACUCCUGCCACAACGACUGCCAUGUUCUUGCUCGUGUUGAUAGCGUCGGAGAGGCUUUCGCUGCUUAUUGUAAUUUACAGUACAGCACUGCUCCGUUAUCUGCCCUUCUCGUCUCAGUGUAGAACGUGAUCCGAAAUUCUGCCACGUACACCAUCUCUUGAUCAUUUAUGUUCGUGUAUAUAGUAGUGCUAGAAAUUCCAGAAACAUGAAACUCUAGUGAAGUUGCUACUUUUAAUGGUUUUGGAGUAAAUCUAGGAGAACUGGUAAAGAUCGGAAUGACAAUGGUAAUAAUUGAG